AUGUGGAAAAUACCGCGUUAUCAAUUUGCUAAAGAAUCCGAACCGGCGUUAAUUAAUUUCAUAAAAGUGGCAAAAGAACAAGCAACAAACCGAAACUGUGAUUUGGAAAAAGCCACUUUGUGGCAAACGAUAUUGCCAUUGCCUUCGCACUUGAUACAAAAGGUCGAGGAAUGCAAAAAUGCAAAUGAAACACAGCCAAAAUCGCCACCAGUAAUUAACUUAUGCUCAGACGAAGACACUGAAAUUGCUCCACCACCACAAGUUGAGCCCAAAACUUGUGACCAAAAAGCCCUAAACGACAUAGUUUGUACCAUUAAAGACAAUGUAGAAAUCGAAAAUGAUUUACCCGAUAACGUCACGGAGUAUCUCGCAAAAUGUGCAACCACAGACUUGGCAAAAAUAUUUCAAAUGUUGGAGGAUAGUCUCACAAGUGAUGGAAUUUUCUAUUUGGGAGUUUCACUACAAAACAUUUCUGGUGAUCCAGUUAGAUUGUUUUGUCACCAUUUGUUGAUGCCGCUGACCAAGAAAACAUGUUGCGACAAAAUUGUGAAUUUAUUAGAGCAGUUUAGUUCAAAGUACCCCAUUAUAAUAAACGAGGAAUGUCUAGCACUAGUCCCGUCUUUGGAACAACACGAGACUAACAUUUUUCUACAAUAUGUGAAGAAUGUAAACUUUCAAACCGCAUUAGCCAGGGAUUUUAUACUUUCGGUUGAAACACUGACCAAAAAUUACAUAAUUAUAAUUGAUUCUUUAUUAAACAGUCAAGUGGAGUAUGAAGUCUUAAAUAAAUUGGUUCAGUUGUUGUCCAACAGUUGCGAAGAUCAUCAGGAUGAUAAAAAUUUCGGGAAACUGCUAAUGCAUACCAUUGAUGUCUUGGGUCCAAAUCUGGUCCAUGUUGAGCAAGCUUUGAAAAGCAUAAUUGCCGGUCAUAAAUCGGCUUUGAAAACGAAAUUAGAAAUGGCUUUUAAGACGAGUUAUGAAGACAGUUUGCUAUUUUCCCAGAGUUUCAGAGAUUAAUAAACUUUUCGCUUGAUAA